CAAUCCCUCCAUCAGUGCUCAGACUGUCCGCAAUAGGCAGUCCAUGAGGAGGAGAUGCACUGCAGUACUUCAAGCAGCUGGUGGCCACACCAGAUACUGACUGGUGUUGGAGAUGGACACAUGGCUGCAGCAGCAGGGUCUGUGUGCGACAGUCUCCUCUGAUGCGGAGCGAUUGGAAUAUCUGUGGCGUGUCCUUGUCGAGAAGGAGAACAGUGUGAGGAUGCUCACUCGGGAACUUAAGGAAGUGCGAGCUAAACAUGCUGCUGAAAAUGACACGGUUCAGCUCUGCCUUCAGGACAUCCGGAGCCUUUCCAAGACAAGGCACUCCAUGGCACUGGAGCUCGAGUGGGAAAAUGAAACUCUCCGCUCCAGCCUGACAGAGCUCAAUCUGGAGCAAGAAAUCGAGACUCAUCAGACCAGGCAACAUUUUCCCAGUCUUCAACUGUCCAAUUUUGAGGCUCAGAAGAGUGAGAUAGCAGAGAUGUUGGUGCAGGAGGGCCUAGCUGAGGUCAUGACCAGCAGCCUGAGCGAGCAGGUGGCUUACCUUCUUGCAGACCGAGCUGCUCUCAUGGAGAAGAUUCAAGCUCUGAAAAAUGAAUCAAAGAUGUUAAAUGCAAAGAGUGCUCAGAAGGAAAAAACUCUUGAUGAGAAUGUAGAAAAGGUGGCGCCAUUGAGAGGUCAAAGCCCUUGGAGGAGGUUGCUUGGUUUCAGGAAAGCUGCACAGGCCAAGCAGGAUGAUGACCAGGCAAAAGAGGACAAAAUGUCUAAGAACAGAGAGUGGAGUUUGCUAGAGAGGGACCUGGACGAGGCCUCUACCAGGCUGAAUCUGGCUCACAAGGAGAUCCGGCGCCUCACUGACGAGCUCGAGUCAGCUCACCUGACCAAGAGUAUUUUCGAGUCAGAGCUCCAUGAAGCACAGGAGGAAGCUGAGCAGCUCAGUCGUGAAGUGGAGAAGCUGAAACUUCGUGAUAAUUUGGUCGAGGUUCAGGCUGUUAAGGAGAUGAACGAGGUCAUGGAUUCUGAGAUCCAUCACCUGAGGGACAGCAUUCACACCAUGCAAGCACAACUCAUAGACCUGGUAGACACAUAUACAUGUGCAGUGUUUUUAGUCAUCUUUUAGUUAGAUAAUUAGUUAGCUAAAUAUUUUAUUAUUAUUAUUACUAUACUAUUCACCUUAAUUAAAUAUAUUUUUAAAUAAUUAGAUUACUAGAAACUUUAGGGAGAU